GGUAACAACUUCUUUGUCUCGUGUGGAGAGGGGGCCAACCGCACCCAUCCAGAGAAGAGAGAUAAACUGAGAAGGGGAGGCCUGCUACUCCUGACCACCACACUCCCUUACCCAGAGGCCAUGACUGAGCUAUACGACCCCCAACUCUGCUACAUUCUGGAUGGCUUCCUGCUCCUCUAUGGACUCAUAAUCACUGGGAUGUACAUCCGUGAGAAAUUCUUCAAAUCGCAAGCCAAGCCAGAGGAUGAUGCCAUCUACUCUGAUCUGAAGAAAGAUGCAGAAAGAGGAAUAGCGCGCAGGGGAGUAGACAUUGAUGCUACUUAUCAGCCUCUGACUGCUCGGCCAACCGGGGAUACGUACAAAGAGCUUCCUGUAAAGAAGGAGCGUCGCAGAAAAAGGGACGAGCAGGUAUACCAGGAUUUGAACUCCGCUACCAAGGAUACCUACGACUCUCUGCAGAUGCAGCCCCUUACCCUUCCUCCUCGCUAACCCCUCCCCUCUUAGCAGACCACUUCCGCUCCCCUCUCCCACUAGAAGCUCUGAGAUUUAAUGUCCUUGAGUUCUAACAUGCUCUGACAUGCUCUCAUGAAGGCUCUAAACAUGCCCCUUACUUUCUUAGCUUCUUUGAUAUAACAUCAUUAGGUGGGCCGAUACCGGUUGCGUCAUUUUAGAUUUGUGUGUUUCCAGUGAAGGGAGGAUUAAAGCACGUAAAGGGCAUUGAAAGAGGGCCUGGAUAUGGCAGCGGUGUCCUUUUAUUACAUCUCCUCUGGCCAUUCACAGUAUUUGCAUCUGAUUUGGGGUGGAAAAGAUUUGAUUAUGCCUACUAACUACUUAUUUUUAUCUGAAACAGUCCUUGUAUAGAGAGAUUGUGUUUCUUCACAAAUAUAUUAGCUAUUUCUACGUAGUUUUGUGUGUUUUUAUCUUCAUAGAUAUAUAUUUUAUCUUUGAAUCUUCUUUGAAUCAUCUUUCCUUUCUUUGUUAGAUUGUUCUAGUGUUUAUGAUGCAUAAUAAUCUGGAAUCAGUCCAAUAGUUUAAUUCCGAUUAUUUUGUUAGGAGUAGUAAUUCAACGAUGGAACUUAACUAAUACAUCUUUAUCUUUAACGAACACAAUUUUUUUAACCCACCUAACCCCAUUGACUAGAUUGAUGGAUUUAUAUUUCGUUUCUGCCCUUUAGUUCAGAUGAGGGGGGAAAUGACAAUGGUUAGAAUACAAUGUACAGUAUAACUGUUUGUCCUUUUCUCCAAGUCAUGCUUACUAUCUAUACAAUGUAUCUUGAGCUUGAAACAGUAUUAAAGCUGUCAAAAAGGUUUUUUGCUAUUGAUAUGUAUUUACCUGUAUAUGACAAACAUAAAACAGUAACUCAAUUCCAGUUUUUUUAAUUUUGUUUAUAUCCACAAGAAAGGGGGAAGGAAGUAUAGUAUUGUAUAUCUUUGCAUAAAAAUAAGAAAAAUACAGCAGAGAUUAUGCACGGACAUGAAUGACUACUCUGUUUUACAGUCCCUGCUAGUGUAGCAGCAACAAUGACAGGUACAAUUUUGUUCACCAUGUGUGCUUUGCAUAAUAUGAAAUCUUGCAUGUCAGUCCAUGUGUUUCCAUAACACCUUGGCAGCAGUAGUGGCAGGUACAAAAGGUGAUGAGCUAUGUCUCUGAAUGCAGGGAUCCAUUUGAAAGUUGAAUAAAUCCCCUUUGUUAACUAGUCAUUUAGGUCAUGUGAUCUGUGUUUCUGGCUGAAUCAGUAGACUUUUGAACAGUUUGUGUGUAGAUAAAAAUCCACAUGUUGGCCACAUGUUAUGGCUACUUUGUAAUCAGAAAAUGUACAAGAUACAUUGUAUGUAACAACAUCAUGCUUAUCAGUAGCUAUCUCGAUUAUACAUUUUGGAACCCAUUUGUCUAAUGUAUCAUUGUUUUAUUUGUGGUAUUUGUUCAUACUUACCUUGUACCUUACCUUAAUGGGAAUUAAGAUUUAUUUUUAUAGUAAGUUUUUUUGUCAGUUUUACUCUACUGUCAACUGCAAUAUUAAAGGUCAAUUUGGAA